GGAUCCGAGCUCAGGCACACUGCCCGCCGCUGUCUUGGAUGCUGCACGGAUUGAGACUGGAGGCUGCUACAUCCCUACAUUUGAACACAUAGCGAAUAAUACUAGUUGCUACAUUUGUGACAGGCUUAACUAAGACGAUAAGGGUAGAUCUUGGGAACUGCUGUUUUGUGUAUUUUCCCGGUGUAAGCGGUGUGGAGGAGAUGGAGCGGUGGAAAGGCAGAGUGGCCCUGGUGACUGGCGCCUCUGUGGGGAUUGGAGCGGCUGUAGCUCGGGCACUGGUCCAGCAGGGCAUGAGGGUUGUCGGAUGCGCUAGGAGUGUCGACAAAAUAGAGAAAUUGGCAGCAGAAUGUCAGAGUGCAGGCUACAGUGGCACUCUGAUCCCUUACAAGUGUGACCUAUCCAAUGAGGAGGAGAUCCUGUCUAUGUUUUCAGCCAUCAAGACGCUGCACAAGGGCGUGGACGUGUGCAUCAACAACGCUGGACUGGCCCACAACGAGCCCCUGCUCAGCGGAAAGACGGAGGGCUGGAGAAACAUGAUUGAUGUAAAUGUGUUAGCCUUGUCGAUCUGCACCCGUGAGGCCUACAAAUCAAUGAAGGAGAGGAAUGUGGAUGACGGACACAUCAUCAAUAUUAAUAGUAUGGGUGGGCACAGGGUGGUACCAAGUGCUGAUGAGCAUUUCUACUGUGCCACCAAAUACGCUGUGACGGCUUUGACUGAGGGGAUACGGCAAGAGCUCCGAGAAGCAAACACCCACAUCAGAGCCACGUGUAUAUCUCCUGGACUGGUGGAGACUGAGUUUGCCUUCCGGCACCACAACAGUGAUCCAGAGAAAGCAGCUGCUGUGUAUGAAAGUAUAAAAUGUUUGAAAGCUGAAGACAUAGCCAGUGCAGUCACAUUCGUCCUCAGUGCCCCUCCUCAUGUCCAGAUUGGAGAUGUGCAGAUGAGGCCGGUGGAGCAGGUGUCAUAGCAGCAAGACAGGAAGCUGCAGGAGGAGCAGACAGACAGCAGCCACGGUAACUCUUUAGCGACCUCUGCUGGGCGAGGGAAGCAGGGUGGGGGGACAACAACAAAUCAACUACAGCUGCGCUGGAUCUGCAGAGACAUGGUCGGGGAGAGCCUUGAGGAGGCUGAGCGGAGGAAAUGAAGGGCGUGGACUUUGUAAAACCACUACAUAAAAAUACUACUGAAUGCUGUUUUAAAUGAGUCCUGGUCCUGAACUGAGCUGAAACUCCAAACAACAGUAGGAACAAAAAAAAAGAGGGGAGGAAGCUGCUGCUGCGCUAAUGGUCAUCUGCAUGACCAUCACUUCAGAGGGAAGAGUACGCCAUUGAUUGCACAUGUUCUUUGUUUUUUUUUUGUAGGUUAUAUGACAUAUCUUUUUAAAAUUACAUGAAAAAUUAAUGGAUGUUUUAUGAAAAAUGACAAUUUUUCUUUUGUUUAAAAUUUUUAUAAGUAUUUUAACUUCAGUCAUAGUUAGAUGUGGUCUCAUACUCACUAACCAUAAACAAACUUUACCAUACUCACUGUAACUAACCAUCAGAUAGUCCAGCCUGGCACCUUCGCACACAACACAUCAGUCAACCAGUUUUCAACCCCAUCUGAGGAAUCAGGAACACACUGAUACCCUUUUCUGUCUCUACAACCCACCUUUCUGCCUGUGUACAUUCAGUUAUUCUGCACUUUGGAUUCAUUAAUGAGUCGUGACAAGAGAAGACACUGGCAACUUCUGUAGGGAGAAGAGAAACUAACUCCAUGCACAUGUAUACCCUAGAAAUGUGUACCCCUCAGUGGAAAUUUCUCCUUAAACGAAUAAAUAAAAAUGGAUUGCCCUGAAA